AUGAAUCCACAAUACAGCACAUUAACUUUGCGAGGUAGCUGUACUUUACUUGACAAGAUCAAUCCAGCUAUCGCUGAUGAGCAGCUGCUCUGGGUCGGUGGUGAAAUUGGAGAAGUUCACACCUACAGAAUUCCCCUGCUCACCUUCACUACUCAGGGAAGUCUUCUGGCUUUUGCAGAGGCCCGGAAGCUGUCCUAUAAAGACAUCGGAGCCAAGUUCAUCGCUUUAAGACGCUCCACAGACAGAGGAGCCACCUGGUCUCCCACCUCAUUCAUAGUGGAUGAUGGUGCUCUAGAAGAUGGGUUGAAUCUAGGUUCGGUUGUUGUGGAUGAAGAGACUGGUGCUGUGAUACUCAUCUACUCGUUGUGUUUUCACCGUUAUCACUGCAAGCCCUCCAACACAAUGAUGAAACGUCAUCCGCCUGCUGUUGGGCGUCUGGUGGUGUGUGGCCACGGCAGCAUCGCUGGAGACGGAGUGUUUUGUAUCCUGAGUGAUGAUCAUGGAAACACAUGGAGAUACGGAGCUGAACUGAAGAGCAUUCCCUACAAGCAGCACAAAAACAACCUUGACUUUGAACCAGAUGAGUGUCAGCCAGUGGAGCUGGAUGACGGCAGCAUCGUUAUUAAUGUGCGCAACAAUAAAAACUACCACUGCCGCUGUCGCAUGGUUGUACGCAGUCUGGAUGGAGGAGAGUCUCUGCCGGUGGAGGAGCUGGUGUUUGAUCACACACUGGAGGAUCCUGCGGUCGCAGCUGGAGCUUUAGAGAAGGAAGGAGUGCUUUACUUCACCAACCCAGCCAGCACUAACAGCAGAGUGAACCUCACCCUUCGCUGGUCUCUGAAUCGCGGUAAAUCAUGGGUGAAAGAUACUCUGAAGAUCUGGGCGGGGCCAAGUGGAUACUCAUGUAUGACGUCACUUAAAGGCAAUGAAACCGUGAAUCAUAAAUACAUAUAUGUCAUCUAUGAGAAAGGCCAAAAAGACUCUAUUGAGUCCGUCUCCUUUGUGAAAAUUGACCUUUACAGCUACCAGUCACUGAUGGGCUGAUUCAUUUUAGAGAGAAAAAGAUCAAGUUGCUUACUUUUGAAAAUCAGUAUUUAGGUGAAGAUGGCUUUCAUUAUUUGGUCAAAUUAAUUGUCUGCCUUGUCUCCUUAAUUUUUAAAAAAAAUAAUGUUUUCAUUUGUCUUACCACACCUGUCUAUUAUUUUGCUAAGUAUUAAUUUAGAAAUAUGGAAAUACAGUGGCAUGCAAGCUUGUCUGAGGUUGUAGGACCUGA